AUGGGAGCGGAUAUUUAUCGGGAUGUGCUUUAUAUCUUCUACCCUAUUUUCUUCAUUUUUUCAACAAUAACACAGUUGAUGUUAAUUUAUUUAAUUUUUUACCACUCCCCAACACAUCUAAAAAUGUUAAAAGUAUUCUUGUUAAACACAAGUCUUUUCCAAAUUAUCCUAGUCGUUGUUUCUUGUUCAUCUCAGUUUCGAAUGAUUACAACUGCUAUUCCUAUUGAACUGAGAAGUUACGGACUGUUAAGAUAUUUGGAAGCGUGGCUGGGUUAUACAAUGUAUCAAGUUUUACAAACUUCCGCAUUUAUGAGUGGCAUGUCUAUUUUAAUAACAUUCGUUUUCAAAUAUGAAUUGGUUCGACAAAUUGAAUUUUCAAAAAGUCGAGUUACUGGUAUUAUUUUACUCUUUCACAUGCCAAUAAUAGCAUCAAUGGUUAUGGAAGUGAUAAUGGUGAUAAAUCAGUCGUUGCCAAAUGAAAUCAGAGAACAGUACAAGUUUCUCAAUGCAAACGCCGAAGAGUACUCAAUCGUUGGAGCGCUUAGCCUGAAAACAGUACCAAGUCUAAUAAAUUUUCUGUUAAUUUCUGGAUCUGUAGUAGCCUCUCCGUUCAUUAGCUUCUUUUUUCGAGAGAAAAUUUUACGACGUAUCAAUUCACAGUUUUAUCAACAUUCGAAAUGGAAAAAGUCUCAAAUUCAAGUUUUUGUGAAAGGACUUACAAUUCAAGCAUUUCUUCCGCUCAUAUUUUAUGUGCCAGUAUUUGGUCUCUACUUCUAUUGCAUUUUAACUCAUACAGAAAUACUAUUUCAACAAUAUUUUAUGACAGUGGUCCCUUGCUUGCCAGCUUUUUUUGAUCCAAUGCUGACUUUGUAUUUUGUGACGCCUUAUAGAAGACGACUAAAAAUUUGGAUGAGAAUUGAGAAAGAAUCAAAAGUGCUACCAGUCACAUCGCUUGUCAAGUAAUCCUUGCUCUUCUGAGAGCAACAUGUCUGCGAAAAAAGUUUUCUAAUUAUAGAUGUUGCUUGCCCUUAGCAACACAAUUUAUGAAACUCUAUUUACGCAUAGAAUUGAUUCAAUGCGGAAAUAAUAAUGAAAAUUGUCAGUUUUAGACAGAUAUUUCUGUUCCAUUUUUGUUAUGACAAAAUAGAUUGUCCUAUCUUAAAAGCCCUGUUUCUAAUAUGAGCAAAUAAAUAUGAAAA